AUGGCGCUGCGGGCCGAGCGUUCCUCCUCGCUCCGCCGGGGUCUGCUCGCCGUGGCCCUGUUGCUUCUGGCACACUUUGGUCCGCAUCUGGCCCAGGCGUGCCCCAGUCGCUGCUUGUGCUUUCGGACCACUGUCAGAUGCAUGCAUUUGAACCUGGAAUCCGUGCCAGCCGUGUCCCCGCAGACCACCAUUCUGAGUCUGUCUCAGGAGUCUGUCUCAGGAAUCUGUCUCAGGAGUCUGUCUCAGGAGUCUGUCUCAGGAGUCUGUCUCAGGAGUCUGUCUCAGGAGUCUGUCUCAGGAGUCUGUCUCAGGAGUCUGUCUCAGGAGUCUGUCUCAGGAGUCUGUCUGCUGCCUGAGCCCAAGCCCCUCACUCUUUAUCCACUUCCAUGUUGA